CUGUUCCUGUCUAACUUGACGGUGUGAGAGAGAGAGAGUACCGGGCUGACCUGAUCUAACGGAUCUAACGGUUGUUAGACAUUUUGAACAUUAACGGUCAUCUCAACACGGUUUAUCUUUCUUAUUAUCAGCCGUUAGCUCGGUUCUUAGCCUCCUGCGAGGCUACAUUUAGGGAGGAAUCCUGGAAGCAGCCGGAGAACCGCGGAUAUCUACGCGACAUGGAUGCUUCGUGACCCGCGGCAGGUGUGUGGAGGAGAUGCCGGUGGAGCCUCCGGCGGUGGCGGCGGCUGGAACCGGCCCCGGCCGAGUGGUGCUCGUCAAGAAGAUCAUCAUGAAGGACGGAGCAACGCUCCAGCAAGGUAUCGGCAGGCCCAGCGUGUAUCACGCGGUGGUGGUGAUCUUCCUGGAGUUCUUCGCCUGGGGAUUACUCACCACGCCCAUGCUCACUGUUUUACAUGAAACAUUUCCCCAGCACACGUUCCUGAUGAACGGCCUCAUUCAAGGCGUGAAGGGUCUGCUGUCAUUCAUGUCUGCUCCUCUGAUCGGUGCGUUGUCGGACGUGUGGGGCAGACGGACCUUCCUGUUGGUCACCGUCUUCUUCACCUGCGCUCCAAUCCCUCUGAUGAGGCUCAGCCCCUGGUGGUACUUCGCCAUGAUCUCCAUGUCCGGAGCUUUCUCCGUCACCUUCUCGGUCAUCUUCGCCUACGUUGCUGAUGUGACGGAUGAAAGAGAGAGGAGUACAGCCUACGGUCUGGUGUCGGCUACUUUCGCAGCCAGCCUGGUAACGAGUCCAGCUAUCGGUGCGUACCUGUCGGCCUGGUACGGAGACAACCUGGUGGUUCUGCUGGCCACGCUCAUCGCUCUGGCCGACAUCUGCUUCAUCCUGCUGGCCGUGCCCGAGUCUCUGCCGGACAAGAUGAGGCUCAACACCUGGGGGGCGCCCAUAUCCUGGGAGCAGGCCGACCCCUUCGCUUCUCUGAGGAAGGUGGGUCAGGACCCGACAGUCUUACUGAUUUGCAUCACUGUGUUCCUGUCUUACCUGCCAGAGGCCGGACAGUACUCCAGCUUCUUCCUCUACCUGAGACAGGUCAUAAAUUUCUCCUCCACGACCAUCGCUGUCUUUAUUGGAGUGGUGGGCAUCCUUUCCAUCGUAGCACAGACUCUCUUCCUCACACUGCUGAUGAGGACUCUGGGUAAUAAAAACACCGUCCUGUUGGGUUUGGGCUUCCAGAUCCUCCAGCUGGCCUGGUACGGCUUUGGAUCAGAGCCAUGGAUGAUUUGGGCAGCUGGUGCUGUAGCAGCGAUGUCCUCCAUCACCUUCCCAGCUGUCUCUGCUCUGGUGUCACAUUCUGCUGAUUCGGAUAAACAAGGCGUGGUCCAGGGCAUGAUCACAGGGAUCAGAGGUCUGUGUAAUGGUCUGGGUCCAGCUUUGUAUGGAUUCAUCUUCUUCCUCUUCAACGUGGAGCUCAGCCCCAUAGACCCCAUCCAGGGAGAGUUCAACAUCGACCCCCUACCUGUGCAGAGUCCCACUGAGCGAGGCCUCAUCCCCGGCCCGCCCUUCCUGUUGGGGGCGUGCAGCGUGGUUGUCGCCUUCAUCGUUGCACUCUUCAUCCCCGAGAAGACUUCCUUCUCCUCCUCCGCCUCCCAUCUGUCCCUCAGCGACAAGCCCCACCUGGACAGCAAAGAGUCGAUGUCCUCACUGGCCGGCGUCCACAUCAACACCCCCCUCCCGGGCAGCGACGAGGAGACCCCUCCCACCGCCAGCGACGAGGACUUUGAGCCGCUGUUGCAGGACAGUAUCGUUUGAUGGACAGGUGGAAGGACCACAGAAAGUGGGACUUACAUCGCGGUUUGAAUGAUUGACUUUCUGUAACAAAGAUGAACACAUUUUCUUUGCUGCAGGGCGGAACUAAGUGUACUUUUAUUGUCAGAAGAUUGCGAUUGGCGGCAAGAAGCUCCAAUAGCAUUAUUGCGUUGCCAGGAGGCGGUACUGACAUAUAACUUCAGGCAGUAACAUCUUUUGAGCGACCAAUGAGGAUGUUUCUUUCACCAGGUGACGGGAGCUGCAAAUCAGAUGUUGUCGUACGAUUUGACUGAAGAGGAUUAUUCGACUGCCAGCAAGACGGCGGGGCCACCAGGGACAACACAGUUUAAAGGGAAACCAUCGUUGGAUUGACAAGAGGAGGGACUAACUGUGUUUUUUUAUGGCCUGGUUUGGGACACGCCCACAUCAAAUCCCCUGAAGGGAAAGAGUAUUUUUGCGUUUUUAAUGGAAGGAUUAUCGUUCAUCUUUAAGCUUGAAGUUGUUGAUUGUUUUUGUGAUAAACAAGAAAAGGUGUUUUUACCUUCAGCUGUAUCAUUUUUGAAGCCGUAUUUUGAUGCUGUGAUUAUUUCUUAUUGGUUAUUGUACAAAUGAAACAACAUAUUUACCGCAGCCAAAACAUUAGUGUUGAUUUAUACUUUUUUUUUUUGAAGAUUUUAAGAAGUUUUUCUUUUUCUUUUUGGCAGGGUUUUUAUUCUUUUAUAAGUGUACAGUGUCUUACCUUCUACAAGCUAUCGAUCGCUAACAAGGAAUGAAUGUGAUGAGCUGAGAGAUGAGUCAGCCACCUGAAAUCCAACAUGUCAAAAGUUUUAAUAGUUAUUUUCAUCUCACGGUCAUCAAAAAUUAAUCAAAAUAACAGAGCACCUCCCCGGGUAGUUUUUACUCACAAUUUCACCAGAUAUUAUCCCCGUUUGUCACUCUACCUCAGAUCAGCGUGUUUUUAAAUCACACUCAACCUGGAUUUACUCAUCUUGUAUCACGUUUAUUUUAUUUUUAUAUCAAUAUUAUAUAUAUUAUGAAUGCUGCUGGCUGCUGCCAGUGGGAAAACCUCAGAGCUGCAACUUUGGCUGUAGCGGUCAACAGUGUUGGAACUUCGCUGGUCAUUUGCGUGCUGAGGGGUGUCUCAUAACCCACAGUUGGAAGGUUAUUUGUUGCAGAUAUGAGGUUUUUCCCUGACAGCAGUGAUAUUCCUGUGAAUGAACUUAUACUUGAAGCAUCAGACGGAGAUUUUACCAGAGCUUUAGAGAAGACUUAGAAAGUUUAGCAGUAUAUAACUGACACAGAGUGCACAUAUAGUUAUUUGCUUAAUGAGCUUGAAAUGUAAAUGUACAUGUGAAUGAUAUUAGGGUUUGUAUAUAAGGGAGAUUGGCUUGUUUAUUGUGGUUGAUAUGAAGGUUUUCCUUCAGUUUUCAGUCCUGUGUAGAUCAAUGGCACUAACACAGUCUGGGUUGGGGGUUCAAUUCCCCCCUGUGCAGCUAAACAUAUAUAACUGUUAUAUGAGAUCAUUCUUUAUGUUUUAUAUGUUCAUUCAGAUUAGAUUAUGAAACAAAAUAUAAUGAUAGUUAUUUGUCACGCCUGAGCAUGUUUACCUGCACACUAGUAUCCUGGUAAUGAGUCUUAUUUUCAUCUUUUUUUUUUUUUUUAAAUACAAUUUGAAAGGUGCUAGAUCAGAUCAACGUAUCUGCAAUUUUUCUUGUAUAAACUUAAACAGAUCUGAUUUUUAAUUAUUUUUUUUUAAUCUAAUCUGUUUAAGAUCUUUCAUUAAUCAAAGACUACUUGAAAUAACCCAAAUCACAUAAUUUUUGAAAACCAGGAUGAGUGAAAAUCCAAGUUUCUGUAGCAAAGAUGAUCAUAAUAUCCCAGAUCACAAGUAGGAUAUUAGUGUGCAUGUGAACACUCACAGUUAUCUAAUUGACGACUGCACUCGCUCAGUUAGUCCUGCAGCAGUGACUCUGACUCGACAGUGUAAAUAUUGUACAUGGAUUGGAUGUUUGUACAUGUUAAGAUAUGAAAUGUACAUGGGAUUCACUGUAAAUAUACGUUGUCUGUCGUCUUGUCUGGAAAUGUACCAGCCAGUUGUUGGUUAUUGGAAAUUAAAACAGAACAACACUAGGCA